UUCCCCGGAGUGUCUUUCGCUUAGGCCGCGUCGAGGCGGUCUCUCCAGACCGCAUUCCUCCGGCUCCGGUCCCCAUGGCGGACAAGAAACUAGUGGUGGUUUUUGGAGCCACAGGUGCCCAGGGUGGCUCAGUGGCCCACACACUCCUGGAAGAUGGGACAUUCAGGGUUCGAGUGGUGACCCGGAACCCUGGGAAGAGUGCAGCAAAGAAGCUGAGGCAGCAAGGUGCAGAAGUGGUACAGGGAGACCAGGAUGACCAGGCCAGCAUGGAGCUGGCCCUGACCGGGGCUCACGCUACCUUUAUCGUGACCAACUACUGGGAGAACUGCAGCCAAGAGCAGGAGGUCAAGCAGGGGAAGCUGCUGGCCAAUUUGGCCAAGCACCUGGGCCUCCGCUACGUGGUCUACAGUGGCCUGGAGAACAUCAAGAAGCUCACAGCAGGGAGACUGGCCGUGGCCCACUUUGAUGGCAAAGGGGAAGUAGAGGAAUAUUUCCGGGACCUUGGCGUUCCCAUGACCAGUGUGCGGCUGCCCUGCUAUUUCGAGAACUUCCUGUCCUACUUCCUGCCCCAGAAAGCCCCAGAUGGAGAGAGCUACUUGCUGACCUUGCCCAUGGGUGAUGUUCCCAUGGACGGCAUGUCUGUGUCCGACCUGGGCCCCGUGGUGCUCAGCCUGCUGAAGACGCCAGAAGAAUACAUCGGCCAGAACAUCGGGCUCAGCACCUGCAGGCACACCGCUGGAGAGUAUGCCGCCCUGCUCAGCAAGCACACUGGAAAGGCCGUGUGCGAUGCCCAGGCAACUCCUGAGGACUAUGAGAAGCUGGGCUUCCCUGGGGCCCAAGAACUGGCCAACAUGUUUCGCUUCUAUGCCCUGAGACCCGACCGCAACAUCGAGCUGACCCUGAAACUCAACCCCAAGGCCCGGACGCUGGACCAGUGGCUGGAGCAACACAAAGGGGACUUCAUCUGGCUGUGACCUGCCCACCUCGCAGCCCUGGAGAGAGGUGUUCGGGAGGCGUGGAGGCACCAUUAACCCCCCUUGUGUUACCAAAAAGAUUUGUUUAAAUAAAGCCAUUGUUCUCACAGA